AUCGAUAACAGAUAGUUUGUUGGUCUAACAAACAUAAACAAGAAAAGAUAAAAUUAAAUUAAUAAAAUAAAAAUAAAAUAGGAUUUUGAUCCUCUGCUCUUUAAUGGCUGGAUUGCAUUACUUGUAGCAGCUUUGUACUUAAUCUAAUCUUGAACAACUGCUACUCUUGCCACAGCUAAUCUUUCCAAUUGUUUUAUUAGUGACUCAGUUUCAACGCUUAAUUGAUUUAGCAAAUCGAAGUCCAAAAAGAACGACAGAUAAAUGGCAACAGCUGUGAAUACGAGCGUAUUGAACAACACGACUGGGGCACCACCGACAACAACAAAUCCUCAUGAGUUGGCGUUGCAGUCUUUAUGUAAACAGAUCUUGAAGUCACGUCUAUUUCGUGGUUUCUACGAGGAAAGACGUUAUGUAGACAAUGUCAGUGGCUAUCGGGAUAUUGUUAGCCUACACAGAUCAGAGAAGGAACUGCACAAGCUACUAAAGGAUAUACGCGACAAAUUGGAAAUGUUCUAUAGCCAACAAAAUCCCAAUAUGUGGAUUGGCAUUAGCUGUGUUCCUUUGGGUGGUGGCUUUACACCCAGUCCAGGAGCGUUAGACACCUUCAUUUGGGCCGAAGUUGAUGAUUUGGCAUUUGGCCAAUAUUGGUUUUCCAUAAAAUCCCUACGAUUUAGAGGAAAUGAAGUUAUACUAAAACUAAAGACUGUGCGCUCCGUCGAAGCUGAAGAGUUGUCUGAGAAAUGGACCAAACCUGUGGUUCGUGAGCGAAGAGAAAGUGAGAUGACAUCAUGUGCACAAGUGCAGUCUUCUGCAGCUGACUCAACAACUGCAGCAAAAGAGAAUGAAGUGAAUCUACAAGAUUUUGCCGAAAUUUUCCAACAGUGGCGUAACUCCAUUAAACAAACCAUUUAUGACUUUAUGUCCCGUGAUGUGUCCAAAGAGAAUAUAUUGGGCAUUCUAAGAUUUUUGGGCCUUCUAUUGGUUUCUCUGCUCUCAGGAGCAUUUAUGGGUGUGAAAUUCUUGGGUAGCUUUGCACUUCGCUUUAUGUUUGAAAUGAGUCGCUUUACCCAUGCCGCUACACCAAUUCUAUUGAAAAUAAUUGAUCUAUUUCAAAAAAUUGUCGGAGGAUUUUACCUUCUGUUGGCUAUGAUAUGGAAAGAUGCUGUUGUUAAUCGGAAUCGUACAGCACCCUCUGCACCGGCUUUGGAGUACAAUAGACCUAUGUACAAAAGCAUACAGUAUGAGGUACGACAAAGACGUAUUAGCAGGCCAAUCGGAAGUCCAAUUGUGACAGAAGUUGAGUAAUGAAGAUGGGAUAACAACGUUAUGUCGUAAGACUUUGUGAUUUGAAUACAUUUUCCUGUAAUCAAAAAUUUACGCAUGGAAAAAUUCAACAUUUUGAUAUUUUGAAAACUUAAAAUAAGAUAGAAAAGUAAGGCAAUAAUGUUUAACGAUAUGUGAAUUAAGUAAAAAUUAUACUCCUCUUAUUUUGCCAAAAAGAAAAUUUAGCAAGAAAAAAAUAUUGCAACAAAAUAUUAAAUAUUUAUGACGUUUAUAUAUUUUCAAUUUAUAUAAUUUUAUAUAAAUUUUAUUGAAAAAAAAAACACUAAACAUAAAAUUCUUCCAAUUCAUCACCUUUUAGAGAACACACUUUGCAAACUUAUUGUGAUUCUAUAACUCACACACUUUCCAACUGUUUGUGAUUUUAUAACUCAAGUCUUUUUUGCAUUUCUGUCAUCAUUAUACAAAGACACAAAAAUCUACAUAAUUUAUAUAGAGAGGACGAACAAAGUAACUGGACACUAAUCAUCAAUUGUCAUCUAAUUGUGCAAAUUUUUAAUCAACUCACACAACGAUAACGAAAAAAAUCUAUACACAAA